AUGUCUGCAAGCUUCAGCGAGCGCUGUAUGGGCUCAAGCAGUCUCCACGUGCAUGGUAUGCUCGCCUCAGUGAUCGCCUCCUUCAGCUGGGUUUUCUGUCCAGCUGCUGUGGACCGAGUGGUGGCCACUCUCUCUGGCACCUUCCCUAUCAAGGAUCUCGGCCGUCUUGAUUAUUUCCUCGGAAUUGAGGUAUCAUACAACCCUCGAGGGAUGGUUCUUACUCAGCGCAAAUAUGCUCUUGAUUUGCUUCAUCGUGCCAACAUGGAGCAUUGUCGUGCGGUCACUACUCCCUUGUCAUCUACAGACAAGCUAUCCCGUCAUACUGGUGAUCCUCUUGGUCCGGCUGAUGUCUUUAGCUACCGAAGUUUGGUUGGCGGUCUUCAGUAUCUCACGCUCACUCGGCCGGAUUUAUCAUUUGCUGUGAACAAGGUCUACCAGUUCCUGUCUCAGCCCACGACUGUUCAUUAUGAGGCAGUCAAGAGGAUUCUUCGGUACGUGAAGGGCACCAUAUCUACUGGUCUGCAUCUUCAGCGUACGACCUCCACGGCGUUGGAUAUCUACACUGAUGCUGACUGGGCUGGCUGCCCAGAUGAUCAUCGCUCUACAAGAGGUUUUGCUAUUUUUCUCGGAGGUAAUUUGGUCUCCUGGAGUUCUCGCAAACAGCCUACGGUUUCUCGGUCCAGUACUGAAGCCGAGUAUAAGGCUUUAGCGAAUGGUACUGCUGAAGCUAUUUGGAUUCAGUCUGUUCUCACCGAGCUUGGUGUUCGUCAGUCUCGCCCACCUGUUCUAUGGUGCGAUAACCUUGGGGCUACCUAUCUCUCAGAAUCCGGUGUUUCAUGCUCGUACAAAGCACAUCGAGAUAGAUUUUCAUUUUGUUCAGGAGAAGGUUGCCAUGGGAGCUCUUCAUGUUCGGUUUAUUGCCUCUGCUGA